UCAGCGUGGCGCCGACGCUGCGUGCGGCGCGGGUUACCCAGAGUGCUCCGCGCGGGGGUAGCUUACUGGAGUUUGGUUCUCGAGGUGGCGGCGGUGGCGGCGGCUCCCCCGUCGGCUCCUCCUCCUCCUCGUUCAGUGGCGGCGGCGGCGGUCCGGGGCCUGAGCUCCGGUCCCCUCCGCUUCCCCCCUUUUCCGCCAUCUCCCCGAGCGCCCCGACCUCCUCUGGCGCCUCGGGGAACAUGCGGCUCCGUUCCCGGAGGCCGGCGAGUGACUGACCCGCGUACCCCCGCCUCAGCCCGCCCGCCUGCCGGCCCGGCCGCUCCCCCCCGCCUCGCCCAGGCAAUGACAGCGGCUCCGGCGUCUCCGCAGCAGAUGAGGGACCGGCUGCUGCAGGCCAUCGACUCUCAGAGCAACAUCCGGAACAUGGUGGCAGUACUGGAAGUCAUCUCCAGCCUGGAGAGAUACCCCAUUACCAAAGAGGCAUUGGAGGAGACACGACUUGGGAAGCUCAUCAAUGAUGUCCGCAAGAAAACCAAGAAUGAGGAGCUGGCCAAGCGGGCCAAGCGGCUGCUGCGAAGCUGGCAAAAGCUCAUCGAGCCAGCACACCAGAAUGAGGUGGCACUUCGAGCACUGGCGGGAGCUGUGAGUUCAGCCAAUGGGGGUGCCCACAACUGCCGCCCAGAAGCUGGGGUGGUGGGUGCGCCGAAGAGCAUCCACGACCUGAAAAGUCGCAAUGACAUCCAGAGGCUACCUGGGCAGCGGCUGGACAGGCUAGGCAGCCGCAAGCGCCGGGGGGACCAGCGAGACCUGGGCCACCCCGGGCCACCAUCCAAGGUUUCCAAAGCCAGUCCUGACCCCUUAGUCCCCAACUCCUCCCCCCUCCCCACUAAUGGGAUUAGUGGGAGCCCUGAGAGUUUGCCCAGCCCCCUGGAUGGCAGUGGGCACACAGGCCCCGACGGCAGCCGCCUGGAUCCCAGCGAGAAUGACAAGCACAGCAGCAAGAUUCCUGUGAACGCCGUGCGGCCACACCCUAGCUCCCCAGGCCUAAGCAAGCCCUUACCCUGCAUCCAGACCAGGCCCUCACUGCUACAGCAGCUGGACAGGGCGGAUGAGCCGCCUGGCCCGCCUCACCCCAGGGGAACUCCACGCUGUUCCUUCAGUCCCAGGAACUCACGGCAUGAGGGCUCCUUUGCUCGGCAGCGGAGCCCCUUUGCACCCAAGGGUUCCAUGCCCAGCCCCUCCCCACGGCCUCAGCCACUGGACACCACUCGGGUGCCAUCCCCGCUCCCGCUGGCCCAGCCAACCACGCCUCCUGUGCGACGUCUGGAGCUGCCGCCCAGUGCGGAGAGCCCUGUGCACUGGCCUGAGCAGCCUGAAGGCAACCAGCGGCUGGCAGGACCUGGCUGCAGGGGUGGGCUAUCCCCAGCAGAGCCCCUUCCAACCCGAGCUGGUUUCUCCCCAGACCCCUCCAAGGCGGACAGUGAUGCUGCCUCAUCAGGUGGCUCAGACAGCAAAAAGAAAAAGAGGUACCGACCUCGAGACUACACAGUGAACUUGGAUGGACAGGUGGCUGAAGCAGGCGUUAAGCCUGUGCGGUUAAAAGAGCGGAAGCUCACCUUUGACCCCAUGACGAGACAGAUCAAACCUUUAACCCAGAAAGAGCCGGUUCAGGCAGAUAGCCCCUUGCCCACUGAGCAGCCACCCAGGACAGAGCUAGAGCAGCAGGAGGCCAAGGCCAGCCUCCAGAGCCCCUUUGAGCAGACGAACUGGAAGGAGCUGUCCCGCAAUGAGAUCAUCCAGUCCUACCUGAGCCGCCAGAGCAGCCUGCUGUCCUCCUCAGGCGCACAGACCCCAGGCGCACACCACUUCAUGGCAGAGUACCUGAAGCAGGAGGAGACCAGCCGGUGUGGGGCCCGGCAACCACAUGUCCUGCUGCCACUGCCCACGCCCACUGACCUCCCGGGGCUCACCCGUGAGGUCACCCAGGACGAUCUCAACAGAAUCCAGGCCCAACAGUGGCCAGGAGUGAAUGGGUGUCAGGACACACAGGGUAACUGGUAUGACUGGACGCAGUGCAUAUCGCUCGAUCCGCACGGCGAUGAUGGGCGCUUGAACAUUCUGCCUUAUGUCUGCUUAGACUGAGUGCACCUGGCAGCCACCAAGUGCAUUGCCACCUUGAGGGAGCCAGGAUGGGGGUGGCUGGUGUGCAGGGCCCUCCCUCCACACUCUCCUUCUUUUGUGAAAUGCUGCUACCAGUUUACUAACAAAAUUGCAAAGGAAGGGCCACAUGGAAGGCAGAUGGCCAAGGGAGUUCAGAACUCUAUAGCAAACCAGCUAUAAAAAGCGUUAGUCCCCACCCCAGAAGAGGUUUGGAGCCCAUCCAACACCGAACACAGGGACCUCAGUGGCAGGCAGGCACAGGAACCUUGUGGGAGAGGUUACCGUAACAGCAACAGACACACAUCUCAUCUCUGCAUCUCUUGGCUCUCUGGCUCUGGUGUCUCUGAGACACAGGCUACACUUGCCUGGCCUCUGCCAAGCCAGUGUCUUCUUUCCUUCCUGUUGUAAGCUGGAAGCUUCCCAGCUGCAGUGAGCCCUGCGCAUUGGGUGGGUGGGCCAGCCUCACCCACACUCCAUAGGCAUCCACCCAUUUGUAUACGGUUUCAGUUCAACCCAAGUUCUUAAAUGCUGCAGAAAUUUGUUUUCCUGUUUAUUUUCAUCUUUUCCAUCUGACAACCAGCCAAAUCAAUUCCUCUACUCCCCUUUGUUUUCCUGUUCUGCACCUCUCUAGAAAAUUUCACCUUUCUAGACCAAACCCACAAAGUUCCCGCGGGUGCUACUAGCGUGAACUGGCCUGCUGGGCAAGGGGAGAGCUGUCUGUUUGCUGGAAACACUCAUAACCAUUCCUUUAGAUUCGUUUGCCUUAUGGUUGUCAUAA